UUGUGUGGAUUAUUUGAAAGCAAACUGAGCAUGAUCAUUUUGGGAUUAUAUUAUUAUUAUUAUUAUUACUAUUGGACUAUUGAUAAAUUGGACUAAUAAAACUAUAUAUAAAUGAUAAAUGAACUUGAUCAAUAUUGACAUUUGUCUAUUUUUUUAAAUAAAAAAAUUUGACAAAAAUAGGAAAAUAUUAUAUAUUGAUAAUUGAAUUGACGGACAGGUAUUAGUUAACUUUUAUCUGUGGCAAUGAUACGUCCAUCACUAGUGGGCGACCCGUGUGGACAACACGGAAACUAUACCUUCUAUAAGGCAUUUCGGUAUCAAUUGAAAGGUGAUUCUCGUAUUAAAAUCCUAUCGUUGGGAGAGUUCUUCUUCUUGAGGAUCAGUCCUCAAGACGAUCCCUGUAUUGGAGAACUACAGCUCCUAUGGGAUGACAGAAACAGUGAUCAACUGUUGUCGUCCACUCGGCUCUACUUUUUGCCCGAACAGACACCUGAAGGACGACUGUCCACUCACGGAGAGCACGAAGUAUUGGCCGCAUCAGAGAAGGUGAUCCUUAGAUUAAAUGAUUUGGUUUCGUGGAUCACAGAUCAGGUCGAUUGGAUGACUGGCCUCAAGACAUACAGUUCAUACAAUAAUAAAAGAUCGGGUGAUGUCAGCUCAUGUAGUUCAUCAGCGGUGGUGCUGUCAUAUCCCCGAUACUGUCGUUAUCGGGCACUGUUGCGUCGUAUUGAAGGCAAAGAGUUAGAUUGGAUGAACAGUCCGGGCAUUCAAUAUGCUAUCAAUUCAUUAGGCAUACCGACCACCGCUAAUAAGUUAAAUAUAGUGUUUUGCAGAGACACCUUUGAACACGAGGCACUCCUACAAAAUGAUCUCAAUUGUGACCAUUUGGCACCAAAACUGAAAGGUCGACCCCGAAAGAGGACUACAGCUAUUGUACGAAACAAUAGCACUGUUAGCGGCGGCGCCGGUAGUUUAGGUGUAACCAAUACCAGCACAUCCAGUGGUGGCAAUUCGGUAGCAAACGGCAGUUGUGCCCGAAGUUCUUCACCCGAAUCCAAUACCUCAGAGGAAAGUAAGACAUCUCAACAAAGGACUACUCGACGGUCGGCUCUAAAUAAGUCAAAUUCAACUGAAAAGCCAACUGUCCAGAGAAGGAAUAGUUAUGGAAAAUGUAAUAAUAAUAAUAAUAGUGAUAACCAUAUAAUUAAUAAUAACACAAACUCUGAUAAUAAUAAUUGUAAUAACAAUACUACUACUACUACUACUAUUACUUGUAAUAAUAAUAAUACAAAAAGCAUUAAUUGCACCCAAACUGACAGUGAAGACAGUAAUGUAAAUAUUAAUAGUAAAACAAUUAUAACCAAUGAUGAGAAUAAUUGUGCUUUUGAUGGAUUGCCCUUAAAUGGCACCAAAUUUAAGGAAAUGUGUAUUAAAGACGAACAAACAUUUCUGAAACAUUUGAAAAAGUUUAUGAAAGAUCGUAAAACACCGAUUCAAAGGGUACCUCAUCUGGGAUUUAAACAAAUUGAUCUGUUUUUCUUCUGGAGUUAUGGUAUGAAAUUAGGUGGUUAUGAAAAGAUAACGAGCAAUAAGUGUUGGAAAAAACUAUACGACGCUAUGGGUGGCGAUCCGGGCAGUACUUCGGCGGCCACUUGUACUCGAAGACACUAUGAAAGACUAUUAUUGCCUUUUGAAAGAUAUCUUAACGGUAAACAAGAAAAGAAAACGAGACGCAAGACUACGAGUACCAGUUCUGCAAUAAAAAAGGGCAAAACCAAGGGCUCCAAGAACUCAACAGACAUCACCAGUACUGUCGGUUCAGUCAAUGUCACCAAAACUAAGAAAAAGGGCAAACAAUGCAUUAAUGACGCAAAAGUCAAGUCAAAGUCCAGUAUCAGCAAUGAAGAUGACGAUAAUGAUAGUGAUUCAGAUGGAUCUUCUGAUGAAAAGCCAUCGCAACGCGAAUCUUGUGAAAGACUUGUGACGACAUCAGAAUUAUUAUCAAAAGACACGUCGGAUGACGACAGAAAACAACCUAAACUUAUAGUGAAACUGAAUUUGACAAAAGUCAAGAAUAAUAGUCCAGAAGAUGAUGAUGAAGAAGAUGAAGAAGAAGAAAUUAAAUCGACUGAUGAGGAAAAGUGUAAUGAUUUUGAUGAACAAAAUGAUGAGGAGAUGAGUGUCAGUGAAAAUAAACACGUUUUAGAUUUUAUUAAUAAGAAGGAUAUGAGCGAAGACUCGACUUCCAGUGUUAUUAAACUCGAUGUUCAGCGCAUUGUUGACGAUAUGAAUACCGACACUGAAGAUGAAUCCGAUAAGAAACCACAGUUUGAUCUAAAGCUUAAGUCUGAGCCAAUUUCAAUAAAAGUUGAGCCAAUUUCAGUAAAAGUUGAGCCAACCGUUGCCAUCGAUGUCGACAAAAGCAUUUCUGACAAACAUAACACCUCUAAUAGUGAUUCUGUGAUUCAUUUAAGUCCUGUUAGCGAUAUCGAAGACGAAGAUCAGGUCAGUGAUAAUAUAACACAAUCGAUAACCACUAUAUCAUCUUCAACAACGAAAGUCAUUGAACCAUUGAAAGCAACAGUUUCGCCAAAAUUGGAAAUAAAUUAUACGAAAAUGGAUUCAAACAAUUCAAAUGAUAUGGCAGAUGAAAAGGUAACGACUAGUACUGCAGGCGCACCGGUAUUACUUCCAGUGUCUGCUUCUCCAUAUCGAGUGUCUGCUUCUCCAUUAUUCUCCAUUUCAACACUUGUCAACUCAGUCAAAGCCGAACAGUUGACAUCACCGCCACCGACGGCCACUAUUACACCAAAUGUACCGACACUUCCUUACGGAAGUGUAUACUCACCACCGAGUCUGACACCGCCUCUACAGUUGACCAGUCAGUUAUCAAUGAUUUCGACAAAGACUAAACUCUACGACAAGAUUGUUGACAAAACAUUUUUUUCGACAAACAUUUCUGACCCACCGUUAGACAACAAUUUUGACAAAUGUUUUGAUAAAUCAAUGGACAUAUUAGGCAAUAGCAGACAAACGGUGAUAAAGCCAACGAAUAAUCUAUUAAUUACAGCUCAAUGUCCAACAAAAUUGCCACCAAAUAACACAAUGAAGAAUAAAUUAAGUAUUAGUGGCAAAACAUUUCCAGUUCCGGCCCAUUCAUAUACAACACAAUCGCUGUUUCGCAUUGAUUGUGAUACCAGUAAAGUACCGGAAGAUAUCCUAAGCAAUGAUGUUCUUGAUUUAAGUGUCAAAAAACGGUGUCUCGAAGCCGAUAGCCGUACUUCUCCAUCACAAAUACUGAUGGAUGGAUCAAUUGGAGGACUUGACUUAAGCAUUAAGAAACGAAAACACGAUGUCAUUGAAUUGACUAAACAAGAAGUGCCAAAAGUCAAGCCUAUUAUUAUUGAUCAACAAAUGAAAUACUCAUUGACACCACCGAUGAUGUCAUCGCUUCAUACAUCUAUACGAUCGAUAACACCGAUGACACGGCAACAACAACAACAACAACCACUUCAGGACAAGUCAUCGCCGCAUAAACUAAGUCCUCAACUUGUAGUCAACAAUGUUCCUCAUUGUGUGCAGAAGUUGUCCACACAUCAGACACAACAGACACAUCACUACCACAACAGUAAUAAUAAUAAUAAUAUUAAUAAUAUUAAUCAUAAUAUUAGUAAUAACAAGAGUUAUCCACAAAUUAAUACACAAAAAUCAAAUGCCAAUAAUUACAACAAACAGCAAAUUAAAACACAGACUCACCAACAGUCCUAUCAAACUGUCCAUCAAUUGUCACCGCAUCAGACCUAUCCUUCAUCACAAAGUACACGCUAUUAUAACAAGUCGGUGACAUCGCAACAACAAAUGGCAUAUCAAACAAAACAAAGUCAAACGACAACUACAUUACAUCACUUGAAAGAUCAUAUAUUAGACAAAUCUCAUGACAAACAACAUCAUCAUCAACAACAACAACAACAACAACAACAACACCAUUACAUGUCUGCAAGUCAUUCAUCGCCACAAAUAUCACAUCAAAAACAACAGAUGAGACAACAUUCACAAUCAUCGGUUCCAAUGGUAGUACAAUCACAGCAAACACAUCAUCGGUCACUGAACAAUACAGUUAGCGAGAGAUACAAUCCGAGUCCAAGUAGUCAUCGCUCACAAUAUAGUAUAUCUAAGUCUUCAGGAGAAACACCGACAUCAAUGAAACAACACAUUCAAACCCAGUCCAGUCCAAGUGUUAGAUCAGAAGCUGAUUUAUCAUCAAAACUGAUGAGUCCAGCCAUAGUGCCCUCACAUUCAUCGAUGCCAUCGAUAAUAUCGUCCACCAGUGCAUCCAUAAGAAACACAACGACAACAACCACUCCGGCUAUAUCUGAGUACAAUCCAUCUCUUCCUACAUUUAAUCCCAUAUUAUUUUCAUCAUUGGCAACUCCCGGAUCAAAUCUUUGGUGGCAAAAUACAUCAUCACUUCACUCCAGCGGUGUAUCUACUGGUACACCAUAUUUGUCGCCAACGAGUUCUGUUCCUAUUAGUCAACUUUCGCCGCAUAUGUUGGCCAGUCAUCCAUUAUUAUCUGCCGCAUAUCCUAUUGGUACUCAAGCUAUAGCUGAUCACAUAAUGGCCGCACAAUUGGACAGCGCUAAGGCCGCCAACUAUGCCGUAUAUAAGCAACUUCUGGAGCAACAACAGCAACAACAACAACAUCACAGCCAACAGUCCGCUCCUAAUUCAUACCAACUCUUCCAACAUUAUUACGCAACAAAAUAA